AACGGAAAAGGCGGGAAAAAGAGGACCCAAAAGGAAGCUGGAGGUGGCGACCCGGAGCAGGAGAGCAGGGCAGGCCAACGGAAGACUCCACCUCCCAGAGGCGACCGCUGGCGCUGGCCCUCGGAGAAUAGGCGGUCCUCCUCAGGCAGCGUCCCCCUGGGGUCCCCGCACUUCCUCCCGACGCCCCUGGAGGGGAGGCCCCUGUUGGGAGAAGGUUGCCCCCGCGUCUCUCAUGUCGAGCGGCGGCUGGUUUCCAAGACUUCACAGACCAGACCUCAGUAUGAGACACUGGGUCUUCCUGAGACCGAGCUAAAGCCUACGCCGGGCUCGCGGUGUGGGAAGUGACCCAAGUCAGGGAACAACUCAGAUAAUAGGCCUGCACUCCCCGUGGCCUUCUGUGCCAAGGGAGCUACACUCCCUCAGGACUCCCGUCAGCAGCCCUCCUCACUAGUGUCCCCUGUCCUGGGGUCCCUAACCACUCGGGGGACCCAGCGGGCCUGCCACCCCUCUUCACCCUCAUCCUGUAUUCCCAAUACCCGGGGCCCUCAGAACCCUCUGGCUCCUCCUCAGCUCCUGAGGCCUUCAGUAGUCCUUCACGUUACACUUGCCACUUCUAGGACCUGAAGCAGCCUUUGAAGCUGUGUUACCGUUCCCAGAACCUGCCCAUACCCUACCAUCCCUUAUCCCCAGCACCCGGGACCUCCCAGCAGUUUCUCACCCCGGAUUCCUGACUACUGAAAACUGAAGCAGCCCCUUCACCCUAUUCCCCUCUGUUCCUAGGGCUCCGAACGUCCCUCGGUCCAUCCAUCCCCACCUUGGGAAUCCUCAGUAGUACCCUUAUCCUGUGCUCCAGUUCAGGGGACCUUCAGCCUCGUACUGGCUCCCACCUCUGGACACCCAGCCCUCCCUUCACACCAGAGGCUGACUCCUGAAAGCCCUGCCAGCCUCCAGCCCACCUGGGCCGGCGCUCCCCGCUCCCCGCACCCCGACUCUGACAUUCCCAUUUGUGUUGUCUUGUAGCUGCUGAGCUCUGGGGUGGGCGUGAAGCACACAGGCAGUGGUGCCCAGAAAGCACCCAACACCCGUGCCCUGCCUCCCAGGACACCCAAAGAAGAGCAGCCACCAUGCAUCUUCCCGAAAGCCUGCAGGACCUGGCAGACAGUGAGACAGUGCGCUUUCUGAGGAGACCAAAGAGCAUCUCCAGGAUCUGCGGAGGGGUCUUUUCCCUGGUCAUCUUUUCCUCCCUACUAACUGAUGGUUACCAGAACAGGACAGAGAAUCCUCAGCUCCGCUGCGUGCUCAACAGCAAUCACGUGGCUUGCAGCUUCGCAGUAGAAGCUGGCUUUCUGUCCUUCCUCAGCUGCUUGGUCUUCCUUGCCUUAGAUGCCCGUGAGAGCCGCAUCACAGGCAGCCGCUUUAAGACAGCCUUCCAGCUCUUGGACUUCAUCCUGGCUGUCCUCUGGGCAGGUGUCUGGUUUGUGGCCUUCUGCUUCCUGGCCAGCCAGUGGCAGCACUCGAAGUCCAAGCAUUUCCUCUUGGGGAACAGCAGCGCCAAGGCGGCCAUUGCCUUUGCUUUCUUCUCUGUCCCUGUCUGGAUAUUCCAGGCCUACCUGGCCUUCCAAGACCUCCGAGAUGAGGCUCCAGUCCCCUACAAGCGCUCCCUGGAUGAGGGUGGUGUGGUGCUGAACACCCUCUCCCCAUCAUCUACCAUUAGCCCUGUCAACCCUCCCACCACAGGCCCCAACAGUGUGAGUUACACCAGCUCAGCCCUGUCCCCCUACCUGACUACCCCAAAGGGCCCCCGCCUGGCUAUGAUGCCAGACAGCUGAACAGCCUUACCCACAUCAGUAAAGAGCUCUUCUCCCUCUGAGGGAUUUCUGAAUAACCCUGUCCUCUGUUCCUCUCAUCCCUUGAAUGGCAGGGGGAGGAGGGAGACCCCCUGAAAAAGGCUACAUUUCUCUGCUACUCCCAAGUGCCAAUCACCUUGCUGACAGCAGGUUGGAAGUGUUGACAGGCAGGAAGCCCUGCCAUGUCACUUGUACCCUAGCCUUGAAGAGGAGGCACAAGGGCCUCAUACUACAGCUAAGGCUGAGGCUGAGAGAGAAAAGACCUUCCCUUCAGAGCGCCAGUGAGAAACAGUGCAGCAUUGAUCCAGCAGCCCAGGCUCUUUAACCCACAGUGAUAAGGUACUCAAACAGAGCGAUGUGUGCAUGGAGUCAGUCAGGGCACUGAGUCUAUGAUGAGGCUUAGAUCUGUGUCUUCAAAUGCAUUAAGUCUAGCUUGGGAAAGAGGCAAGUGUCUCUGCUGUACACCUCCAGGGUCACCAGGCUACAGACCUGUUAGGAGGGAUCAGGCAGGUGGCACCUUGUGCCAGAGUGACAACCUUUACCCAGCCAUGGGGCUGAGGGUGUAGAGACUUGCUCAAGACUAUAUUGAGAAAAGAAAAAAAGUCAAUUUUAAUAUAUUUCAUUUAACUUAAUAUAUCCAAUGUGUUGCUGUUUCAACGUAUAGUCGAUGUGAAAAUUCAGCUUUUUAAAAAAUUUUUCUUUGUACAAAUAGUUUCAUUGUGAGGCUCAGGCUGGCCUGGAACUUACUAUUCCCCAGCCUCGAUACUGGGAUUAUAGGCAGGUGCCACCAUUCCCAGCACUGAAAGUCAACAUUGCCCAUUUUACAUCCAUUCUUACUGUGCACCUUUCCUCACAACACGGCUCCCUCUGGGUCUGCCAUGGUGUGUGCUGGGUAGACAAGUGUCACUGACAGGCAGCCCACUGGCAGUGCCACUCUUGACCCUUGGGGUAGUUUCUCUAGAACAACUAAACAUCUUUUCUGUUGUUAUUUUGACUUUUGUUUUGUUUUUGUAUGUGAAAUUAGUGGAUAACAGACUUUUUUUUUAAGUAAGGAGCUAGAGCUGGUAGAGUACUUGCUCAGUAAGCACAAAUCCCUGGUUUGUUUAAUCUCUAGCAUCGCAUAAACCAGAUAUGAUGGUGCCCAUCUAUAAUCCCAUCUCUCAGGACGGGGAGGCAGGAGGAUCAGAAGUUCAAGGUCAACCUCAAUACUUAGGGAUUUGAAGCUAGCCUAGGAUACAUCUCUCUCUCUCUCUCUCUCUCUCUCUCUCUCUCUCUCUCUCUCUCUCUCACACACACACACACACACACACACACACACACACACACACACACACACAAAUCUAUACAAGGGCUGCCAUGACCUACAGAGCAUUCAUUUACAAACUGAACCAAGAUACAAAUUAUGAGGUCAAAUUUAGACUCCAGUAUGUCCUUUGGGGGACGUCCUGUGUGUCAGGCACAGAAACCACACAGCCCGGUUCCUAUGGAGAGGCAGAGAACAGCAGUGACGGGAAGCACUCUGGCCUGGAAACAGCCUUCUCUGCUGCCAUGAGCUGGAAGGUCUUCCAUGUGUCAUGUAACCUAUCUGUUGGAUGGAUUGGUACUCAACCCAUGUACAACGAGCCAUCUCAGGAAGAAGCAGUCAGACCUGCCCACACCCUGCACUUGUAUUCUGUCGGGCUUCUGGGCCAGACUCUUCUAAACAGAGGCCCACUAAAACACCACCACAGAACAUGAGGGCUAUGCAGCUGGAGUGAGGGACAAGCCAGACUUUGUCACUCAUCCUCCUGGGCCUCCGUUUUCUCAGUUAUGAAGUGUUUCUUCCUUAGGGAGAUGAGGGCCAAGUGAGAGCAUCCAUGUGAUAUCAGGACAUAGCAAGUCCUCUGGAAAAGUUAGCCCAGUCCCCGAAGCUCGUCCAAAGACUGGAAUUGGACACAACUAAGAACUGGGAAGUUCUCAAAGGACAAAUAGGAAGUUUGACUGAACCAAGGAUCAAAAUCCAGAUGCUGGCUGGGGGCAGAGCCCAGUGAAGGACCACUUGCCUGGGAUGCACACAAGGCCCUAAUUUGAGCCGCAGCACUGCAACGGACAAACAGGAAAUGAUCUUGCCACUGACAAGAGCCAGGCAAAACACAGAAGUCGGAAAUGGCCAGGUGUGGAGCCCAUCUCAAAAGAGGCCAGAAAGUAUUUGCUUUUUUUUUUUUUUUUUUGAGAUAGGAUUUCUCUGUGUAACAGCCUUGACUUUUCUGGAACUCACUUUGUGGACCAGGCUGGCCUUGAACUCUCAGAGAUCCAUCUGUGUACUGGGAUUAAAGGCAUGCACCAUCACACCCUGCUUUCAUUUGCCUUUUAACUCUAUAAACAAACACAUAUACAAUAUUAGCCCAAUAAUAAAUGUUAACAGCCCAUAGCCAAGUCCUAGCUAAGUGGAAAAAUGUAGGUAUCCCAUCUUUUCAGCAUCAGGCAUCUGCUGCCAUCUAGAAUGAGGACCACCACUGUUGAAUUGACCAACUUCUUUUAAAGAGGCCAGAAAUUCAGACUGUAAUAUAAAGAUCUGGUUUUUAAAAGCUGGCAACCUUUUUUUCUUUCUUUCGUUUUUAUAAAACAGUAUCAAAAUGCCAGAGCUGGGGGAUGGCUGGAAAGGGGGCCUAGCAGUUAAGAGCACUGGCUGCUCUUACAGAGGACCUGAUUUCAAUUUCUAGCACCCACAUGGCAGCUCACAACUGUUUUAACUUCAGUUCCAGGGGAUUUGACACCCUUUUCUGGCCUCUUUGGAUACCAGGCACACACACAAAUAGUACAUGCAGGCAACACUCACACACUUAAAAUAAAAAAAAAAAAAAAUUAAUGCCAAUGGAGGGAAGGAUGAGGGCCGUCCCAUCAUCAAUGGUGCAAGACAUGCAUGCUCUUCAAGGUCUGGAGAGUCAUCAGGCAGUCUCUAUAUCAGACGAAGAAUCAGACUCUCCCAACCUCUUCCCUGUAGAACCUCAAGGCAUCAUGGUGCA